AUGGAUUCGGAGGUGGCUGAUUUGAAGAAGGUCCUGCGUUCACUGGUGGUGUCCAGCCCCAGCGAAGUGGAUCUUCGAACAUUGUUACGUGAUUACAGGAAUAUGAUGGGAGGGCCUAUUCCACUUGCCAAAUAUGGAUAUAAAGAUGCGCUCACGUUCCUUAAAGAACGUUGUGAUGACUGUUUUCUGUUUCAGGGCCCCCUUAGUAAUCCUAUAUUGACAUUGAUUGUCCCAAAAACCUUACAACACAUUGACAAAUUUGUACAGAAACAGAGGAGUAAUCAAAGUGGCAAAUGCAAGGGCAAAAGGAGAAGUAUACCAGAGGCCAUUGUAAAACCAAUUGAACAAAAACCUAACAAUAAUAUUGUAAGAACAUUCAGAAAGCAAACCAAUAAUAGCACUACAUGUUGCACUAUUAAAGAGACUACCACUGUAGAUGUAGAUAGUCCAUCAGAGAAACAUGAACCAAAGGCUGAAACUAGUAAAAUAGAUAUAAAAAAUAUAGACCGCAGUAAAGAACAGAAUGACAGUCCUACGAAUGAACUAAAAAGUUUUAUGAAGAAACGAGCACUGAACAAGUCACAAGAUUUGAACACGGAUAAAAUAGCCAGUGAUAAGACAUCAUCAAAAGAUUCUGGCAGACAAACAUCAUCCAAAACAGAUAACAAAUGUUUAUUAUUCUUUCAUUAUAAUUUUUAUAAAACAGGUGGCAGCAUUUCCAAAGCAGCUCAGUUUGAAGAGUUAAAGCAAGAGAUACAAGAUUUGUUAGUGGACUAUCCAGAAGGAGUUUGGUGUACCGAUCUUAUAAGAUUAUAUCGGGAGCGUCAGGGGCGCGAGCUGAACUUCUCCCGGUUCGGGUACACGAGCAUCGUGAGCGUGGCGUUCUCGCUGGCGCCGGCGGUUGCGGCGACGCAGUCCAGCGACGAGCCCGGCGAUUGGCUGCUGCAGCUGGCGCGCCACGCCCCCCGCGCCGAGCCCCGCCCCCGGCCCCGCCCCCGGCCGCGCGCCAGGCCCCGCCCCGCGCCGCCGCCCCGCCCCGCCGCCCCCGUCGACCCCGACGACGCGCUGCCCGGCAUCGACUUCGACCCGGACGUGUUCCCGGAGGACUGCAUGCACUACCUGGAGAGCAUACCAGCGACGCCGCUGUCGGGGCUGCAGCCGGGCGCCAUGCUGGAGCUGGUGGUGGGGGAGGUGUACUCGCCCUCGCACUUCUGGGUGCUGCGCCUCGGGGACCACCACUACGGCGCGCUCGACCGACUCAUGGACGAGAUGACGGAGUACUACGGCUCGGGCUGCGGUCGCGGGCGGCGGCUGGCGGCGGGGGCGGCGCGCGCGGGGCAGUACGCCGCCUGCCUCUACGACGGAGACUGGCACCGCGCCCUCAUACUCAGCGUCCUCGACUCCGACACCGUCAAGGUGCGGCACGUGGACUACGGCACGGUGGAGACCGUGGCGGUGAGCAGCCUGCGGCCCCUGGUGCGGCGCUGGGCGGCGCUGCCCGCGCAGGCCGUGCGGGCCCGGCUCGCGGCCGUGCGGCCCGCGGGCGGGCGCCGCUGGCCGCGGGCCGCCGCCGCCGCCUUCCUGCGCCGCGUGCGGGACGCGCCGCUCGUCGGGAACCUGGUCGCCGUCGACCCGCAGGAAGACAUCCUGGAGCUGUUCCUGGUGGACACGCGCGGCGAGGAGGACGUGUGCAUCGGCGACGAGCUGAUCCGGGCCGGACAUGCCGACCCCCGCGCGGACUCCGCCGUGAGGGCGCACGAGCCCUACCUGCGGCCCAGCUUCGCCGCGCUCGAGGCCGGCGCCACGCCCAACUACGCAGACAUCUCCGCCUACCUGCGCGACGGCAUCGCGCUCGAGUUCGUGGACGACUACCGGCGCCACGUGUGCGCGAGCCCGCCGCCCCCCUCGCCCCCCGCGCCGCCCGCGCCCCCCGCGCCCCCCGCGCCGCCCGUGGCGGUGGCGACCCGCGUGCCGCUGCUGCGCGCGCCCCCCUCGCCCCCCGCCGUGCCGGCCGCCACGCAGACGUCGCCCCCUCGCGCCCCCGCCGGCGCCGGCCCGGCCGCGGGCGGCGUCACGCUGUCUGCGGCGGAGUGCGACACGUUCCAGCUGCUGAGCUGCGUGGACCCGGCCGCCGCGCACUGGUUCAUGCUGAGCAGGCUGGGCCGCGCGCACUCCGCCUCCACGCUGGACGUGACGGCGCCCGAGUUCCGGCCGCGCUCGUCCCCCGCCCCCCCGCCGCCCCCGGUGCCCCCGUCGGCGGCGUGGGGGGCGGCGUCGCAGCCGUGGUCGUACCAGCUGUCCCCGCCGCCCGGGUUCGAGUUCCCCCACAGAAAUUGA